AUGGACAUCGAAGCUUCGCUAUUUAAUGUUCUAGUCAACUGAUACUCGAUAAAGGAAAGCCCCACCUUCAAGUUCAACGAGAGUGGUAAAAGUGUGGUUUUGGAUGCUAAUGCUACCAAAUUCAUGCUUAAUGGGCUCACAAUUGCAAAAUUUCUCACAUAUAUAACUCUGUUUUUGGAAAAACAGAUUGGAGAAAGACUUGGAGUAAACAUCGAUAAGCUUCAGACCCUUAAAGUGAGCAGUACAGACCAAGCCAAGUUAUAUAAUUGGAGUAUCCUGUCCAAAGAACUUGAAAUGCUUGAUCUCUUCUUGACACCUGAGGAUAAGAGAGAUAUAAUUCAGGGAGAUUUUGGAGCAAUCUCGAACUUACUCACCAGCAUGAAAAAUAUACUCCACGGUGAUGUUGAUACUACCUCCUUGGUUAAUAAAUCAAGAGAUAAUACGAAGGAAAAUGCAAAUACUACGAAUGAAAUCCAGGAGCAUACUCAAGAAGAAGCGAAGCCUCAGAAGAAACUUCCUAAAUCCGCAGUUGAUAUUAACCAGAUAAAGACUGAAAAUCCGAGUGACUGAGUAAAUUGAGUUGAAUUCAUACUAGUCACUCUUUCCCAAUCUUUGAAACUUACCGGGAAGCAAGCUGCUGCCUUUUUAGCGAAGGAGAAUAAAUUCUUAAAAGAAGCUUGCUGUAAGGGUCUCAAAAAUGGAUUUGAAUCUUUGCUAGAUUGGUAUAAAUUAAUCUUCGAGAAUUCUAAACAUCUCUCUUUGUUAAUCUCCCAAGAGAUCGAAGAAGCUCCAAACACCUUAUCACUAGUGAUGAGUACCAUUAAGGUAGGAAUAAACUCCAAAUCAGAAGAAAUGAUUGAUUGGACAAUUAAGCUACUCUCAAAGAUGUCAUUUGAAUUUGAUAAACUCAAGCUCUCAGAAAAAGCAUGGGAGUGGUUCACAAGUGGAGAUGUACAUUUCCUGUCGACCUGUUUAGAGCUCGUCUCCAACAACCCAGAUCUUUUCACUGAUAUGUCAACCUUAAUUCUAGGAUUUAGCAGAGGAAACUUGAAUGCUUUAUUUACUGAGUAUUUUAUGGAAUUUUAUAAAGAAGAAGAGGGAUAUUAUGAACAAUUACUCUCUUAUCUCCCUAUAAUUCUGGAAAAUGAACAUUUUAGACAAGAAGUAGAUGGCUUCUUGACGGAUAAAGUAAAUGAGAUCGUUGAGAACUUUGAAACUUUGCCAAGUGAUCUCCUGAGAUCUGUAACUUCCUCCUUCCUUGUUGAAUUAUGGAUAAAUAAUGACCCAGUCAUCACACAGGAAAUUUCAGAAGCUGUGAUCGAUGAUCUUAAAAUAAUGAUUAGGAAUUCUGACAAAGCCUUACAAUUUACUGCAAUUUCGCAGAUGUUUAAGCUAUUAGAACUUUUUACUGAGCAAAAAAUUUCAGCUGCUCCCGUCCUGUACAAAGCACUGAUUUUUGUAUUUAUUGAGAACCAUCCAGACAACACAACAAGGCAAUUUUUGAUGUCGAAUUUUAUAUCUUUCUUCGAGAGCUCAGAUACUGUCCCUGUAGGAAUUCUCCUUGAGCCUUUGAUAAAACAGUUAAUGGAAUCUGAAGGAACUUCUUACGUAUACAAUACCUUCGACUUUGAUUUCUUUACUGUUGUUGCAAAGCAUCCAAAGCUAAAGCUGAAUGAUGCGAUUCCUUUAAUGGACAUCCUAGCCAAGAUAUACCUGAACGACCCUGUUUUUGCAUUUGCAGCAUCAGUUCCAUUCAUGAUUAUAGUUACCAGCUUCAUGAAGUAUCCUCUCCUCAUGGGAUAUGUUCAGAAAUUCAUCACUCUGGCACUAUCAAACAUUCUCUCAUCUGAGGAAGAAGUCAAAAUGAGCUUGGAAUCACAAAAAGCGAGGAAGAGGAAGCCUAUACCUCUUCCUCCUUCAAGAGCCAAGAGGUCUGCCAAAGAAGCUAAGAAACCGAUGAACCAGAAGGCUAUUAACGAGAAAUUAAAGAAAGGGUGUGUGAUUGAAAUCUGAAAGAAGCUAAUCGCUCUCCAAAAUCCUGAUAUUAAUGAGCUAAUAGAAUCAUUAUGCUUGUCUAUCAUCACUCAGCUUGAGCAAAGAAAUGAGCAGCCUGGGCAAUACGAUAAAGGACUUAUCUCCAUUCUCGAUCUUAUCGGAAAUGCAAGAGAUCUCAUAGAGAGAUUCGAAAGAGAAGAAAUUGAAAGACUCAAGAAACAAGCAGAGUCUGAGUCAAAAGUCCUCGAAAAAGUAGAAGAAGUAGACGACGAGCAGGAAGAAGUUGUCAAAAAGAGUUCUCAAAGUAGGAGAAAAAGGAGAGAUUACUCCACCGAUGGCACUUCUAGAAAUUCCAGAAAAAGAAUAGGUAGUCUCCGUCGGCCUCCCACUGGAGAGGAGACCCUGGCAGUCGUUCCCUAUCUCAAGCAGAAGCCUAAGAAUAAAGUUGAUCGGAAAGCUUUUGAAGAUUUAGACAAGAUCAGGAAGCAAAGACAAGAAGUUAUCAAAAAGAAAAACCAAGAACAAGAAAAGAUUAAACUUAUUGAAGAGAAAAGGAAGAAGAAGCUCAAGAAGCAAAUUGAACUUAGAAGAGUUGAACUAGGCAUCCAGAAAAGAACAGGUAGUGACAACAAGGAUGCCUUGCUAUUUAAGGAAGGCGAAGUUGAGCAAACAGCAGGUUUUAACGACUUCACAGCCUCAAGAGGACUUCAAAGCAAUGCUUUCAACUCAAGUAUUUCAAGCAAGUUUUCUAAAUUAGGGGGCGUUGGAAAACGAUUCCAAGAAAAUUUUAAGGGUCCUGAAGUUAAUCUUUUUGAAUACGAUGCUGAAGAGGAAAGAGAUGUGAAUGCGGUUAAAACUGUUGCGAAGAAAUAUACUAAACUAUUGAAAUACCUGUUCAGCAAAUAUGCUAAUUCUGGUUAUUCAGUCAAAGCAUUCAGUAAUUUUGAGGAACUGAAUAAGAAAUUACAAACUAUCACCAUUGCAGAGAUUAUGAAAAUGUUAAGAGACCAUCACGUUACUAACAGAAUAAUUGGAAAAUCUAAAGUAUCAGAAAUUGUGAGGAGGGUGCAGCCUGACUCUACACCUUUGCCUCUAGCCUACCCAGUCUUUGUUGAGUUCUUUACACAACUAGCAUAUGUGAUCUAUGCCGGGCCUCCUAAUAAUCUGAUACAUCUUACCCCAGCAGAAACUUUAAUAAAACUAAUAAACUUCUUCGAGGAAUCAGCAAAGAGCAGAGGACAGUCAACUCUCUUAUAUGAGGACCCUGAUGCAACCUCUCUUGGUGACAAAAAGGUAUUAGACGAGCUAAAUAGAAGGAUCAAGGUGAAUCCCAGUUACUCUCUCCCUGAAGGAUACACCAAAGUGUAUGAAAAAGACUUUGAGUACGAAUAUAAGCUUCCUGAGUACUAUGAAAUAUCAGAAGCCCAAAGAGUCUCCAUCUCCAUUCUUGAUUCCUUAUGAGAUAAACUAUUUGACUUCCAUUUCAUUGAGCCCAUGGUCAAAUACAGAGAAACUGUCAAGGUCAGGCCUACUUUCAAGAAGCAGAUUAACCAACAGAGGCAGCCUUUGCAAUAUAUGAAGAAGAUUGAGAGAAGUAAUAAGCUUAAGCCUCUUAAUGACCCAAGAGCAAGUUCUAGGAAAAGCUCUAAAUCUAGAGCAGAUCCUCAAAAGCCCUCAAUUGAUCUUUCAACGUCUCUUCUGAUCGAAGUAGGGAGAUACCCAUUUGAUAAGCGAGAGAAUGUGACUGAAUGUGCUGAAGUACUUGAACAGAUCCUUCAGGCUGUCAACAAAGGGAAAUCCAAACUUCCAACACCCUCCUCCCACGCAAGAGUGAAUAAAAUAGAACAAGAAAGGAUUGUCCAUGAGAAGCAAGAAAUGGAGAAAGAAAAGAGAAAGGAAGAGAAACGGAAGAAACGAGAGCAGGAUCUCAAGAAGAAGGUAAAACAAAUGCAAGAACAGCGUGAAAAAGAGAGACUCGAAAAACUUGCUCAGUUCGAAGAAGCUGAAAAAGCAGAACUCGAACGAAGGAAAAAGGAAGCCAAACGUAAAAAGAUGGAAAAGGAGAAGAAAAGGAAAGAAAUGGAAGAUCUCAAGAAGAAGAGAAUGGAACAAGCUGAGAAAUACCAACAAGAGGAAGAGGAAAGAGAAAAGAAAGCCAAUCUAGAGAAGAAAAAGAAGAACAAGCAGUUCCUUAAGCAACAAAACCAAAAACUUAAGGCUCAGUUCGAGGCUGAGAAGGAAUCCAGAAUCCAAGUUGAGAAUAAACAGAAGGAACUCCAACAACGAGAGAAGGAUAAGGAGAUCAAAAUGAAGCAUCAGAUGGAAGGCUUCCUGUCCAAGAAUAAGGACACCAGGAAACUUGAAGUUAAGGAGAGGAAGGAGAUACAACGAUUUUAUAACUCUGAAGAGGUCCAGAGCUUGAUGAAUCUGUAUGACCAACAACUCCUCCAAAUGUAUAAAUACUAUACUCUCCAAGGCGACAUGAGCAUUGGAGGAAACUUAGAAAAACGCAUGAAUGUUAUCGAGUUCUCUGACUGGGUGAGAUUCGGUACCAGAACGAACAUCAAUCCUCACCUCCUUACUUCUGACGACAUGGUAGCUAUUUUUAGAACACUUGAAAGAGAAAUGCAGAGUGUCUUUGAUAAAGACCCGGAUGGGGAAGAAAUCAAUUAUAUUGAGUUUGAACAUUUCAAGAAAGGUCUCAUCAGGAUAACCAUCCUUGCGAAGACUCAGAGCAUUGAGAAAGAAAUAAAAUACAGAAAUAGGAAAUCAAAGAUUAAGAAAACUCCAGACCUUAAUUCAAAGGCUGAUACAGGAAAGAAUAAGAAGCUUAAAGAACUCGAAGACCAAAUAGCAAAGAUUGAGAACCUACAAAAUAUUAAAAUUGAAGAGAAAAGAGUAUCUAAAGAGUUCGACGUAUCUCUCAUUAAUGUUGAUGAUGUUGAGAGGCUCCUAAAAUUCCUUCAAUUAGAUUCUGAGGAUGACAAAUACACUAUGGACAGAAAACUCACAAAUAAAUUGAAUUACCCAAAAACCAUAGUUUUCGACGGUCUCGAAGGAAAUUAUAGUGAUGUUCAUACUAUUAGAGAUAACAACAGUUCAUACAGCAGGAAGAGAAGCGAUGCAGAUCCUGACAAAUACAGUGUCAUCCAUGCUCCUAAAGACGAUAAAAUUGAAGAGACCAAAUCAGAAGAAGAGCCACACUCACAACCUGAUCACCCACCUGACACAGACAAAGAAAAACAACAAGAAUCUCCUCAAGAUAACAACUUGAGCAAAGAUGCUCAAGAGGAUGGUCAGCACCAAGAGGAUCCUCCAAAGAAAGAGCUAGUUGCUAUUUCUCAAGAAGAACUAGACAACCAGCCUCAGGAUGAAAAGGAUACGACUAAUAUAAUAGAUCCUGAAGGAAAGAAGGAAGAAUGGGAGGUUAAUAACGGUAAAGAAUAA